AUGUGCGCCCACCACCUGCCCACGCGUCCGACCGGUCUGACACCGUUGCAAAGCGACAGUUUGUGGCCGUUCCCCCUUGAAGUGUCGCUUGAGCUUCCGCCUCCGCCAUCCGCACGAAACGCCCACACGCCACGCGCCGAUCAGCUUGACGACUCCUACGAAGAAGAGGUCCUUGAAAAUGAGGAGCUUUUCUUCGAUGAGGUCAUCGAGAAGAAGACUUCUAACGAAAUUCCGCAUGAAAAUAGGGCUCAAAAAUCGCAAGAAGAUACGCUAGAUUCCACUACGCACCAAUUUACGCACGAAAAUUCACUGCCAGACCCCAACCCAGAUCCCUCGAGUUUCGAAAAAACCGCGAAUCGCACGAGCCUGGAAUGGGAGUAUGUUUCUGAUUUGGAUAGGGCCGGAAAUCGAGCAAUCGAUAUCGCUGACAUGCCCGAGGAAGCCGAGGUGCACGAGCUCGGCUACCCUGGGCUCCUAUUUACACCGGCACGUCGCGUCGCACCCACCGUACCCCAGCAGCCGCAAGAUUUAGGCCCGGAAAAGGGCGAAAAUCGCGAACAAUAUGAGAACAAAUUCCGGGUCAAGACAAUUGGUGGUAAAAAGCCGCAAAAGGGGAUUAAGAGCCUGUCAAGUCCGGCCGACUACUCGCAACAGGUGCGGCUGCCCGUCACAAUUGCAGACGAAUGCCUGGACGAAUUCGACGCCAAUAUCACCAAGUCGUGCAUGUUCGAACGGCAGUGGAAGAAUAGGUAUUUCUUCGACAAGGAGACGCGUACGUGCCGGAUGUUUUGGUGGGAUGGGUGCUUCUCGAAAUCGCGGAAUAUGUUUCAAGAUGAGGAGAGCUGCCGGUGGAAAUGUCUGGGGAAACACCCGAAGAAGCGGGAAGGAGAAAGCUGUUUGGACCAAUUCGACACAACAUAUCUGGGCGAUUGCCGGGCUGGACAUUUCGAGAAUCGCUUCUACUUUGAUUUCGCUACAAAACAGUGCACGACAUUCAAAUGGGCCGGCUGCCGUAGCGAGUCGAGGAAUUUUUUCGACGACAUCUCGGAGUGUCAGAGGGUGUGCGAGAGUCCGCCUAGGGAGCUUGUUGAAUCCUGCCUCCAGCCAUUCGACCAUGGCUAUGAGGGCUCCUGUCUUUCCGACGGCCGAUUCCAUCAGUAUUACUUUUACGAUAUUGAGACGCACACCUGCAAAAUGUUUUGGUACGGUAACUGCCGGCGUACAAGCCAGAAUAUAUUCCCGGAUUUGGCGAGUUGCCAAUGGGUCUGCGAGCGGGAUGUGAUAGAGAGGCAGCAAGACAGCUGCCUCGACGAGUUCGACACACACUACGAAGAUUCCUGUGGACAGGGGAGCUGGAUGGAAAAGUGGAGGUUUGAACAUAAAAGCGGCCGCUGCGUCUCGUUCUGGUUUGACCAGUGCGUCUCGAAAAGCCAGAAUAUUUUCCCGGAUUUUGCGUCUUGUUCCAGGCAAUGCGAGGAACCAGGGCUGCAUCAGUUGGCUCGGUUCGAGAAUGCUGAAUCGAGCUUUCGCUGUCUGGAGCCGAAACUGAUCGGUGACUGCCGGGAAACAUACCCAGCCUACUACUACGACCGUCAGCUCCGCGAAUGCCGCCCCUUUGCCUACUCGGGAUGUGGGGGCAAUGGGAAUCGGUUUAUGACACUCUCCCAAUGCGAACAAACAUGUUUCGAAUUCAAUUCACUAUCGGACCCCGAGAUGGACUGCUACGAGUCGCUGGACGUCGGCUACGGUAGAAAUGAAGCGGACUGCGUGGAGAGCUCCGGGUUUCGAUACUAUUUUGACCGAGAUUUUUUGACCUGCUCGAAAUUCUGGUAUGUCGGUUGUGGGGGGAAUGCGAACAACUUCUACUCGUAUGAUGUAUGUCAGAGGACAUGUCGAGACUCUAGGCGACUCCCGAAACGUGACGCUCCUGAUAUUUCGGUGUGUUUCGACGUGCCGGCAGAUCGCGGGCGCUGCCAUGGCAAUAAUUCCCUGCCCGUCCAGCGAUACACGUAUGCUAAUGGAAAGUGUACGGUAUUCUCCUACAGUGGAUGUGGUGGAUCGGCCAACCGGGCAAACGUUUCCUCGCAAAGGCCUGCCUCGUCAAUUUGUGGGGGCGUUGUGGAC